CACGCAGCUAUUUCGGGCUUGGGACUGCUUGUCCAGGCCUGGGAAAGUCCCAAUCUUCUUGCUACCCCGCUUGCUGAGGUAUAAAGUGCCCUAUCCUGGCACAUAACCCAUCUUCCAGUCUACUCUUUCCAAACUUCUCUCCAAUCAGUUCUCAUACCACUCUCACAUCAACCAGCACAAUGGGUUUCUUCGACGACGACUCUCACCAGGCCCGCUCCCACCAGGAGUACCACAACCUCGACCACACCAACGAGGAACACAAGUCCAAGUUCAGCCACGAGCUGGUCGCCGGUGCUGCCUCGUGGGAGGCCAUGCGCGCCUACGAGCACCACUGUGAGAAGAACGGCAAACCCCAGAGCCACGCCCACGCCAAGGAGCUCCUCGCUGGUUUCGCUGGAGCGUUCGUCGACAAGGAGUUCGAGAGCAAGGGCCUCGACUUCAUUGAUAAGGAGAAGGCUAAACACCACGCCAAGCAGCAGGUUGAGGAGGCUUCUCGCCGGGAAUACUACUAAGCGGUUGCUGCCUUUUUGUAAAUAGAUGCUGGUACCAUUCUUCCGGCUCAAUGCUAGUAAAUGAAGUAUGAUAUGAC